CGACUUAUCGAAUAUUCAAGUAAACGACAUAACCUGAAUGUUCAAAAUGCGUUGUAUUUCCUUUCACUGGUAAAACCGACUUUCUGCUAUUGUGAUUAAAUUAUCUUUUUCCCUGUAACUACGCAAAAAUGUCCGCGCCAAAACAGCAACAGAACGUGGAGCACAAGGAGAAGAAAAGGAAAGAGAGUAUUCUUGAUCUUUCCAAGUAUCUCGAGAAGAAUAUAAGGGUCAAGUUUGCUGGUGGCAGAGAAGCUGCAGGCAUACUCAAGGGUUAUGAUCCCUUACUCAACUUAGUACUCGAUAAUACGACAGAAUACCUCAGAGAUCCUGAUGAUCCAUAUAAGUUGAUCCAGGACACUCGUAUGUUGGGUCUGGUGGUAUGUAGAGGAACAUCAGUAGUACUUAUUUGUCCUGUAGAUGGCAUGGAAUCUAUUCAAAAUCCUUUUAUACAACAGGAGGGAUAAGCACAUACAAGGCUUAUAUGCCUUUAUAAUUAUAUCCUAUUUUUUUGUUUUUUGAAUGACGAUAUCACUUUAGCUUUAAACACCAU